UUCAGUAAACAACUUACUUAGAUCACAUACAUAUUUAUAACGUAAAAAUAAACUGAUAAUGGUUUUAGAAAAUCAAACAACUUAUGAUAGAACAAAUAAAAUAUGGUACGGCCGGAAAACCAAAUCACGUUUUGAUUCGGACAGCUCUAUAGGUUCAGUGAUUUUCGAUACAUUGCAAAAAAAUCCUGAUCAUAUAUCACAGAUUUGUUAUCCUUCGAAUAAAAAAUAUACCAAUAAGGAAAUUUUAACAUUAUCCAUACGUGUGGCUCAACAUUUGGAAAAACUGAAAAUUAAACAAUCUGCAGUAAUUGGCAUAUGCGCGGGUAAUAGUGAUUUUUUGGCACCUCUUGUAUUUGGUUGCAUGUUUAGAGGUUUAACUAUCAGCACUUUAGAUCCCAGUUUUGAUAAAGAUGGAAUUAAACAUAUUUAUUCAAUUACUAAACCGAAACUUAUGUUUUGCGACGGUUCUGCUUAUGAUAAAAUUAAGGAAUCAUUUGUUGAGUGUGGUUUGGCAUCAACAAAAAUUGUUACAGUCCGUGAUCACAUUGAAGGGGUACCAAGUUUGGAACGAUUUUUAAAAGAAACUGGAACUGAAAACGAAUUUAGAUGUGUUGAUUUGGAUGAUGGUUAUGAUCAAACAGCUGUAAUUAUUUGUUCAUCCGGUACUACGGGCCUUCCAAAAGGUGUAUGUGAAUCUCAUGCCAGUAUCUUAAACAUACUCAAAUUACCAUCCAGUCCCAGUAUUCUUUGCUUCAGUUCCAUUUACUGGAUUUCUGGUAUAUUUGCCCUCAUCACCGGUACCAUUCAGAAUAUGACUCGUAUUAUUAGCUACCAACCUUUCAAUCCCGAUGAUGCUUUAGAAAUUAUUAAACUUUAUAAUGUUGAAUUAUUUUUGGCGCCACCAAAUCAAUUGGCCCUAAUGUUGGCUUCAUCGAAAUUCGAUAAAGAUUAUUUGACAAGUGUAAAAUUAUACUUUAUGCUAGGUAGUCCGCUGUCCUUUAAAUUAGUGGAAAAAAUGAAAAAUUACUUACCACAUGCAUUGAUAUACAAUGGUUAUGGCAUGAGCGAAGUUUGUGGUGGUAUUGCAGGAGGAUUGGCUAUAAGCAAGGGCAAUUGUGGACAGCUAUUUGACAAUCUGGAGCUAAAAGUAAUCGAUGAUGAUGGUAGAAAAUUGGAAGAGUUUGUGGUAGGUGAAAUAUAUGUUCGAACACCAUACACAUGGUCGGGUUAUUAUGGUAAUAAUGAGGCAACAUCGGAAGUAUAUGAUUCAGAACGUUGGGUGCAUACAGGUGAUUUGGGUUAUGUGGACGAUAAGGGUUGUGUUUAUGUGAUUGAUCGGAAAAAGGACAUUUUAAAGUACAACAACUUCCAUUUCUUUCCAACGAAAAUUGAACAUGUUUUACUCGAAUUACCGGAUAUUGUAGAAGUGUGUGUUUGUGGUAUUCCCGAUGUUAUGUGCAACUUUUUACCAGCUGCUGCAGUUGUAAAAACUGCUAAUAGUACUUUAACAGAGGAAGAGGUCUAUAAACAGUCCACUAAAUUGCAAAAUUUUAAACAUCUGCGCGGUGGAGUAUAUUUUGUCGAGCAGCUUCCUAAAACCAUUUCGGGUAAAGUUCUUCGUCGUAAAGUAACGGAAUUGUGUACGGAACUUUAUAGAGCAAAAAAUCCAGCAGCAGAGGAGGAUUUGUAAUGUAACAAUAGAUGAUAAAAUGGACAAACAAUUUAUAACUUAAGCUGUUGACUAUAUUUUCUUACAUUUUAAAAUAAAUAAGUUUUAUUUACAUA